AUGCCAACGUAUAACAACAUUCCAUUGAAUGACGGUAAUACUGCACAAAAUGUUGAGCCAAUGACCGUAGUUUCACAGAGUCAACCAGUUACGCCAAUCAUUUCUGAUGAUAAUAAGUUUCGCAGUGUUUCCACCCCUGAUAAAUAUGCUAAAUUUUUAACUACUAAGGCUUUGGUUUUCCGUUGUAAGACUGGUCCGCUAGAAUUUUCAUAUGAUGAUCGUAGAUUAAGUGGUAAAGAGACAAAAAACUAUUUAAUUGUUCAAGUCACAUAUGUUGGAUUAAACCCAGUAGAUAAACUCAUUAAGAAUGGCUAUCCUACACCCACUCAUGGGGAGAUUGGUUUAGGUAGAGAGUAUAGUGGUAUCGUGACACACGUUGGGGAAAAUUUGGAUAAAGAUUGGAAAUUAGGUGAUGAAGUUUAUGGUAUUUAUUACCAUCCUCAUCUUGGCGUUGGCUGUUUGAAAUCUAGCAUAUUAAUCGAUCCUCGUCUCGACCCAAUAAUCCUAAGACCGUUACAUAUAACUGAGCAAGAGGCAGCUGGCUCUCUUUUCUGUUUAGGUGCUGCAUUUAAUAUGUUAGAUAAGAUAAAAAACAAAAAUAAAUUAACUCCUGGGUCAAAUAUUCUAAUAAUUGGCGGAACCUCUUCUAUUGCAAUGGCAACUUUGCAGUUAUUAAUAAAUUAUUAUAGUGUCGAAACAAAAAUUACAAUUGUUACAAGAGCGAGUGGAGCAAUCAAAUUACAAAAGUUAUUUCCUUCUUUUACAAGUCAAUUAAUCUUUGUAGAUUAUGACACUUGUAAAAAUAAACUAAGCGAACCCUUACAGGAGAUAAUACAAAAUGAAAAAUAUGUAGUUCUACAAGGAAAUAAUAGGGUAGAAUAUCCAUAUACACAGGGGAAGUUUGAUGUUACACUUGAUUUCAUCGGUGGAUAUGACGUUGUUCAAAAUUCGAAAACAUUAAUCCGCAAGGGUGGUGUAUAUUUGACAACUGUGGGAGAUAAAUUAGCAAACUACAGGAAGGAUACAUUUGGCGCUUACGAUAGUGCUAGUGCUAAUUCCAGAAGAAUGUUUGGUUCCAUGCUAUGGUCAUAUUCUUACAUUCAUUACUAUUUUGAUCCUAAUGCAAAAACAGCGUCUUCUAAUAACUGGAUAACUAAAUGUGGAGACUUGAUCAGAAAUGGCUCGGUAAGAUGUGUAAUAGACAAGGAGUACAAUUGGAAGGAUACUGCCGACGCUCUUUCAUAUUUGAGUACUCAACAGGCACAAGGGAAAGUGAUUUUGAAGGUCGACAAAUUUUAA